CUUGUUGUAUUAACAAUUAUGAAACAAACUUAAUAUCAAUUAUCGACAUAUAUACGCUUACAUACUUCCCCCUCGUCAUUUAAACUUCUUUGUUAAUGGCAUAUAACCCUGGAAGAUCACCGUUUGGUGACAAGCAAAGUUCUAGUUUGGUUUUCGAAGAGUUCGUGCCCCCUUCGGCAUGGACCGAAGACGCAACUUGCCAUUACCUUCUUGUUGAUCUUCCUGGUUUCAAGAAGCAUGAACUAAAGCUUCAAGUCGAUGACCGAACUCAUAUAAUAGUUAGUGGAGAAAGGCAAGUGAGAGAGAACAAAUACAAGCGAUUUGAACAAAGAUUAGAGUUGCCAAAAGACGCAGACAUAGAAAAGAUCACAGGGAAGCUUGAUGGCGAGAUUCUGUAUAUUUCAGUCCCGAAGAAAGUAGAACAAGUUCACAACAAAAUUAAACAUGCAGCAUCAAAUGAAGAUAAAGCCGACAAUGACAAAAAAUCAGAUACAUCCGAUUCUGAUGAUGAACAAAAACACAAACACAAAAAUUCAGAAUCUGAUACAGAUUCAGAUGCUAAUAAUAAAAAAUCAGAUGCAUAUGAAAGUGAUAACAAAGACGAUAAAAAGGAUCAAGAAAGAAAGAAACAUAGAACCGGUUUUGAUGAUAACUGGGGACAAGAGUCUGAGUUAUUUCUGAGACUUGCAAUCGAGAAACUAACGAAGAAUAAAACGAUUCUUGCGACUGCAAUCUUCGCAUUUACAUUAGGGGUGUUUGUAACUCAGAAGUUUCAGUCAAAUGGCAAUUGAUGGUUGGAAACUCAUGAAAUAAACAGUUGUGUACAUGACACAUUAUAUGAAUAUGUACUUUGAGAAUAAAAAGAUGUAACACAAAUUGCAUACAUCAAAUAACUGUUUAUGAGUUUGAUUAUGGUAAUACAUGAACAGGAAAUCAAUUCCUCA